AUGCAACCAUGGGCGACUUUAUUCAGUAGAGUGGGUAGCCAUCGGCGCUGUAGUCCCACUUUGUUCGUUUCCCCAAGGGCAAUAUCUAAUAUGGCCUACUUGUCCACAGCGACAGCAGGUAAUAUGUGGCCUCUCCUCCCUACAGUCUUUUAUCAUAUGGGGACUCUGGCAUCUGAAACAUUGCAUUUUCAGAUUUCGCCGCUUCAGUCCUCUCUCCUCCUCUUUUGUAACUUGAGGCUGUCUGCUGCUUCUCCCUGCGGCAGCUACUGUCUCUUGCACGUGCUCCUUCUACUGGUUAAUACUCUGGCCUCUUCCAUUAAACCUUACCAUCCUGUCAUCCUCCUGACACUGUUGGCAUACACUUCAAUCGAUUCACCACUCCACACUAUACUGCUCAAUUUGGCAUAUGCUACAAAUGGACCUUCCGUGAACGGCUCCUUCAAUCUCAGCUCUAUCUGCUGUUCUUCCUCUGUCAUCUCAAGGGUGUCACCUUCAAGGUAG